GAUUUCUUUUUCUAGAGAGAGGCUUCUCCAAUUCUGUGUGCCGGUUGCGUCUGCCAUGGCCAUCGAUCCUUCUGCUUCCAGUUCUUUACCGACUCCGGCUUUUGUUGGUUCUUCUACUGAUUUGUCUAGGAUGCAGGAGAGAAGUAAGGAUCUGUUGAACCCUUGUGAAUUCUACUUUAGAGAAGUCCGUUUCGGAUCUAAGGGUGCAGGUUUCCUUUCUUCAAGCUUCGUCUUCCUCUAUUAUUCAGUCUUCUAAGGUGUCUCUUGAGGGUAGAGCCUUCACUCUUUUUGGUAGCUUGGGUUACUUCAAUCUUGCUGUCAAGCUCAUCAAGAUGUUGUUGUGGAGGUUUAAGCUGAUUUAAAGUUGAAGAAAGUUUAUGAUUAAGGUCCAUCAUAUGUUCCUCUGGGUAGAUCUCUGGUUGAAGUAAAGGAAAGAUUGAGCAGCUUUUGGGACGCAAAGGAUUUUACUACAACUAUUCACAGUAGGAGUAUGCAGAGGUUCUCAAGGUAUCCCUUUUUAGCUUUUCGGACCUCUUGUUGAACAUGUUCUUAUGUUGCAGUGCAUUGGUUGUGUUUUAAGAACAUCUGCUUGCUGAACGAAUGCUCUGUUUCCAACUCGAGUUUUGGUCAUGCUCGGUAUUGUGACUUUUCAUUGAAACUAUAUCAAGAUUUUUCUUAGGAAGCUGUGCUGCUUCUUUAUCCAUACUAUAAGCUUUUAUAGUUUUUUUUUUUUUUUGGUGAAGGUAUCCUCAUUUGUCAAUGAGAAUCCAUGUUUUAACGACUAGUUAGCAUUUGCCAUGUCCCUUGUUUGGGGCUUAACUUUACACUCCAAUUGGUUGCUAUUGGUUUAUGUUGCAAAAAAUCUCUUAUGUGCUGAGAUUUGCAUUAACCUUUGUAGCCUCACUUGUGUAACUUUUACCUAGGUAUUUAUGUACACCCAAAUUUGCUCGUAGUUUUUGCUUUUGCCUGGGUGUUUAUGUACACC